AGUAAUCGGAGGAAAGAAAAACCAGUGUCAAGGGUUUCGCCUUCAUCAAAUGCUUUUUGGGGUUUUUCUCUCUUUCUCUCUCUAGGAAUAAUUCCCGGUCUCUCAGAACUGCGCAUUUCUCACUCUAAAACUGCUCGUUUGAAGCCCAUAGCGGUUUUCUUCCCCUUGUUCUCCAUCGAAAGCGGUUUUCCAAUGGGUUUCUGCCUUUAAUCCAUGUUUGCGUAAGAUUUUAGGGGUUUUCCAUUGUUUUACAGGAAUUGGAGGUUUUGGGAAACCGCUCUUUGGUGUACUAAGUGGUUUUCUUUGGUCCAAGCGGUUUUAGGGAUUUGUGUGAAGAUGAGUACUCCAAAGAGGAAGAAUUUCAGGAUAGAGCCUUUCAAGCACAAGGUUGACAUGGAUCCGAAGUAUGCAGAGAAGACAUGGAAGAUUCUUGAGCACGCUAUUCAUGAGAUUUACAAUCAUAAUGCCAGUGGCCUUAGCUUUGAAGAAUUAUACAGGAAUGCAUACAAUAUGGUUCUGCACAAGUAUGGAGAUAAGUUGUACUCUGGUCUAGUCACUACUAUGACAUGGCAUCUGAAAGAGAUAUGCAAAACUAUUGAAGCAGCCCAAGGGGGUCUAUUCUUGGAGGAGUUGAAUAGGAAAUGGGGAGAUCACAAUAAAGCCCUGCAAAUGAUUCGGGACAUAUUAAUGUACAUGGAUAGGACUUUUGUCACCAACAAUCAAAAGACGCCAGUGCAUGAACUGGGUUUGAACCUUUGGCGGGACCACAUCAUCCAUUCCCCUAAAAUCCAGACAAGGUUACUCAAUACACUUCUUGAGCUUGUACAUAGAGAACGAACUGGAGAAGUCAUCAACAGAGGGCUGAUGCGCAAUAUAAUAAAGAUGCUUAUGGAUUUGGGAUCUGCAGUUUACCAAGAAGACUUUGAGAGACAUUUUCUUGAGAUCUCAGCCAACUUUUACAGUAUUGAAUCUCAGCAGUUUAUAGAAUGUUGUGAUUGUGGAGAGUAUUUAAAGAAGGUUGAGAGGCGGUUGAAUGAAGAGAUGGAAAGGGUAUCCCACUAUUUAGAUGCUAGAAGCGAAGCCAAAAUUACAAACGUUGUUGAGAAGGAGAUGAUUGCCAACCACAUGCAGAGAUUAGUUUAUAUGGAAAAUUCAGGACUAGUGAAUAUGCUUGUAGACGACAAGUAUGAUGACUUAUCACGAAUGUAUAAUUUGUUCCGCCGGGUCCCUAAUGGGCUAUCCACUAUCCGAGACGUUAUGACUUCUUAUCUUCGAGACACUGGAAAGCAGCUUGUAACGGACCCUGAGAAAUUGAAGGACCCGGUGGAAUUUGUGCAAAGGCUCUUGGAUGAGAGAGAUAAGCAUGACAAGAUCAUCGUCCAGGCCUUUGGCAAUGAUAAGACUUUCCAAGCUGCUCUAAACUCAUCCUUUGAAUAUUUCAUCAAUCUCAAUGCGAGGUCACCUGAGUUUAUUUCUUUAUUUGUUGAUGAUAAGCUUCGGAAGGGACUGAAGGGGGUUAGUGAAGAAGAUGUCGAAAUCAUACUUGACAAAGUCAUGAUGCUCUUCCGAUACUUGCAGGAGAAAGACGUCUUUGAGAAAUACUAUAAGCAACACCUAGCUAAGCGACUCUUGUCUGGAAAAUCUGUUUCAGAUGAUGCAGAGAGAAGCUUAAUAGUUAAGUUAAAGACAGAAUGUGGGUAUCAGUUUACAUCUAAGUUGGAAGGCAUGUUCACUGAUAUGAAGACCUCUCAAGAUACGAUGCAGGGUUUCUAUGCUAGCUUGUCAUCUGACACCAGUGAUGGUCCAACCCUAGCUGUCCAGGUUUUGACGACUGGUUCUUGGCCUACUUGGCCAAGUGCUUCAUGUAACCUCCCUGCUGAAAUUUUGGGUGUUUGUGAAAAGUUUCGAACUUACUACCUUAGCACACAUACAGGUCGGAGAUUAUCAUGGCAAGCAAACAUGGGCACAGCGGAUCUUAAAGCUACCUUUGGCAAGGGUCAAAAGCAUGAGCUUAAUGUCUCGACCUAUCAAAUGUGUGUUCUAAUGCUGUUCAAUUCAGCUGAUCGAUUAAGCUAUAAAGAUAUUGAACAGGCAACUGAGAUUCCAUCAUCAGAUCUUAAGAGGUGCUUGCAAUCCUUGGCCUUGGUGAAGGGGAGAAACAUAUUACGCAAGGAGCCCAUGAGCAAAGAUGUGGCAGAAGAUGACGUUUUCUUCUUCAAUGACAAGUUUACGAGCAAGUUUUACAAGGUUAAGAUAGGGACAGUUGCUGCCCAGAAGGAGUCAGAACCGGAGAAACAGGAGACGCGACAGAAGGUGGAGGAGGACCGAAAGCCUCAAAUUGAGGCUGCUAUUGUGAGGAUCAUGAAGUCGAGGCGUGUCUUGGAGCAUAACAAUAUUGUAGCUGAGGUUACAAAGCAGUUGCAGUCACGGUUCCUACCUAACCCUGUUGUAAUAAAGAAGAGAAUUGAGUCACUCAUUGAGCGUGAGUUUUUGGAGAGGGACAAAACUGAUAGAAAACUGUAUCGUUAUCUUGCUUGAACCAUUCCCCGCGUGCCCUUGGCUUUGCUGGCUUAAUUGGUGAUGCUUUGUUACCCCGAAUAGUGCCAUCUGCCUUGAGCAUUAUUCUUAGUGAGCAUCAUUUCUACCAUACCCAUGGAGGAGGCACUAAGGUCCAACUCUGAAGUCCAACUUUGAUUCUUUUGUAAGGUAAGAGAAUUCAUUUCUCAUUGCAGCGUUUUACCAAUUUGAACACUGAUUGGUCUUCUCGAAUGAUCGAGGUCCAUCAAUGGUUCUGUACAUAACAAUAGCCAUUUUGAUCAAUUUUCUCCAUCUAUAAAGGUAUCAUGCUCAUAUGAUGCCUUCAUGUACACUACAUAUAUGAGAGAUCAACUCUAAUACAGACACUUCUUUCUGAAUAUC